GASWAGUAGAAUUGUUCUCUCUUCUUGUAGUACUCGUUUUAUGUCAGAUAGGGURAUAGAUCCGCCAUAUUUGGGCCCKCCGGURCCGAAUUACAAAGUAAGAGAAGGCGAAAGUGUUGAGACGAAAAGAUCGAGGUUGCUUUAUCAAAGCAGGAAAAGAGGAAUGCUUGAAAAUGGACUUCUGCUCAGCACAUUYGCCAACAAAUACUUGAAAAACUUUGACAAAGAGUCUUUAGAACUAUACGAUAAACUUAUCAACCAGCCAUCUAAUGACUGGGACCUAUACUACUGGAUGAUAGAGAACCAACCUACACCAGAGGAAUACAACAACAGUGUUAUGGACUUGCUUAAAGAACAUGCGAAGAAUGAGAAAAGAGAUGUGCGACUCAGACAGCCAGAUCUUGAGGGGGCUUAGAAUAAAUUCUCCCUUACAAUAAAUGAAGAUGUAAAAAGAAUGAAGCUUUACAAAUAUUUAAGAUURUUUUCGAGUGUUGGAUAAGGAAUGUUUUGUUUUUGUUGAGACAAUACAUGGUGGCAUAUUUCUUAAAAAUUUUAAGAUUAUUUAUAUUACAUGCUACUCAAGCAGCGAAUAUCGUGUCUUAGUUUAUUUGAAUUUUUCUUGAUAUUCUCCUCUAUGUAAUUAUGAUAUUAUAAAAGGGGGUUAUCAAGAAAGUUUGGUUGUUACAAAUAAGGUGAAGUGAACUAAAUUUUUACAUUUGGGCUUCCUGUGUAAAAAAAUCAAUCAAAACAUUCACCUAAACUAAGGGAGAAAUGAUCAAAAUAAUCCCUAAAAUUACUGUAAAAUAGCUAGUGGACAAU